UAAAUGCUAUUAAUAUCUGUGUACAAAAUCUGCAAAAAAGGUUAAGAACUAACCAAUAAUGAAUACUGCGUCAAUGUCCCAGUCUAAUUCAUCAGUAACACAGGGAUCAUGCAAUAGAAUUAAAGCUGCUUCCGCACCCGUUCUCCCGCCUAAGAUAGUGUCGAGUACAAACUUAAAAGAACAGAUAUCCGCCCCAUCUUACUUUCACUCCUUGAAGGAGAAUGAAGCACCCCCGUUUGAGAUACCACAACGGCCAAAUAGACCUCAAAUACUUAUCGGAACCAUUGUUACUGAAAAAGAUAUUAUUGGAAUUAUAUCAAUCGCAUUGUAUGAUGGGUUGAACAAAGCGCUUGGUGAUUUCGUUGUGGCAAAGAAAAUAAUAGCAAACUACAAUUUAACCGAAAAAAAAUUUGCCGUAAGUUUGAUGGUGGAGACGAUCGAGUACGCGGCCCAGCGCGAUUUCAACGUGUUCAAGUUGUCGUGCCUCAUGACGCUCUACCUCUCUACCCACAUGUUCUUCAAGUGGUUCUACUGGCUGUCGCCGGCUGCGCUCUGGAACUACUUUAAAGAAAUUAUGAUCAGACACACUAUUGAGGACUCUCCCGACGGCCAAGAGGUGUUUGAACCAGAAGAAUGCUUUGAUAUUUUAACACAUUUCCACGCCGUAUACAUGAGCAACCUGCCUCUUGUGCACAUCCUGACUUUCGGGGUGUAUCGGCUGAAGCUCAGCUGGCCGUUCAAGCCCAAAUAGUUAAUAUUAUCAUAUAUAAUCACAUAGCAAUUUAUCUUCGAGUAUUUCCACCGAAAGGACGUACUAAGUAGGUAUCUUAUGUAUAUAAAUACCUGCGUCUCAAUAAUAAAAUAGACAAUGUUAAAAAUUA